CAAUCCGUAGAUCUGAGGCAAAAUAAGGAUGAGAUACUUUGCAACAAGUGUCUUUGAGCACAUCACCACCGUUCACUGCGCAUCGCGAGGCAAAACACUCUCUGAUUCUUUGGCUUGGUUUUGAAGUCCAGCAGUCUUGAAGUCACACAAGUUUGCAAACUAAGCAUGCACUAAAACCAUUGGUAUAUCGUGGUGUCUCCUUGGACGAUGUGCGUGAAAGGUGGUACGAAAAGUGAGUCGUCUAAGGCCGUGAAGAGUGGUGCAGCUCCUUCGUCUGUUACUCCUGGUGUAGCAGCGGUUCGACGGACCUCACGACGGUCCCUGGGUGCCGUGAUGACCCGCAGUGGCGAUAAGAGGUCCUCCUCAAGUCAAAAACGAGGCUCAACUAAUCCCUCCUCAUCCUCCUUAGCAUCGUCGGUAGCGGAAGAACAGGUUGGUGUGGUUGUUUGUCCAGAUCCACAAGAAGAACAGGAAAGUUCAGGAUCAGGUUCUCCAACGACAACCCGGACAACAACCACAUCCUCGUGUCCUACUCCUCGGGCAGCCAAGUCGUCCUCCAACUCGUUUUUGGAGUCCAAAGUGGUAAAAACAACAUUGCCACCGUCAGCUGACGCGGGUGCGAGCAUUUCAUCCGAAACUUGUGGAACAAGUUCUGCCCUCAGUGGCAAACCAGUUUGCCAAGAGAACGAGCCGAGUCAGGAUGGUGGUCUGAAGAAGAGGUGCUCUUCAAAUCCCCCGGACGAAACGGGAAACAGGGCCUCAAACACGGUCAAACACCAUCCGAAGAGGGCCUGUUUGGUCAAAACCAUCCAAUCACCUAUGGUCACAGGUGGUUCGCAGCCACGGGAGCUCAAGGUGCUCGAGGAAGAGGAGGAGGAGGACAAGGAAGAGGCAUUGGAUUUGGAGGAGACGGCCACCAAGAAGAAGAACGAGAUCAUCGGAGGUUCCAAAGGGCAGACGCGAAGGGCGCUCCUCACGCCGCCACCUCCGUCAAUGGUGGUUGAAGUGACCACUGAGAGUGGUGCCAGACUUAGGGAGCCACGAAGAAUUGGCGAACAUGUGGAGGCCAAUGAUGGUCAGUCGAGAAAUCUGGCCCCUGUGGUGACACUUGCAAGUAGUGGUGAGCUUCUGGGUGACAGUUCUGGCGUGGUUGUCAGUUGUGUUAGUGCCAUCGGUGGUCCAUUGGAGCAACAGCAACACCAACAGCAACAACACCAACAACAACAACAACAUCAGGAGCAUCAACAACGGAACAAAGUUCCAAAGGUCCCUGUGAAAAGCGAACAAGAUCUCCUGGACUCGACUGAGAAUGGUCUCCCGGAUGAUCGAAAGCGUCAUCUAAUCGGUGACGAGUUCUACAAUAAGGCAACUGGCGACCCUGCCAACUCAAGUUCCACGGAUCCCCUUGGUCUCCCCCUCAACGAAGCCGGACCUCAGGGUGCCCAGAACGUGGUUGUGGGUCUCCCUGUGGAUCUCGGUGGCUCUUUGCCCUCUCUCGUAUCAGCUGAUGACUUGGAUUGUCCAAGUGGAACUGCAGCCAUUAUUUAUGAGGCGGGAUCCAUUGUCUCUCAAGCUCCAGUGUCCCUGGUUCUUUCUGAAGGCCUCAUCAAGCGGGACACCAUUCUAACCAGUCACACUUCUUCCAUCGGGGAUGCUGGAGUGAUUCUGUACUCGCAUUCUCAGGCCUUGGACACGCCUAUUUCGUUGGCGAGUCACAGUAACAGCCAUCACCCCCAUCACCACAAUCAUCAGCAUUCGCACCACCUCGAGGACCACGCCCAUCACCACCACGCCCACCAUUCCCCGACCGACAAACUGACCGCCGCAACCAUCACCCUUUACAGCACAGAGGACCUGCCCAACACCACUGUGGUGACCUCGGGCGGAUCCAAUGGAGGGGGCGUGACGGGGGCGGGCUCUCUCGUCCCGGUUUCCCUCUCCUCGGGUGACCAUCAUGGAGGGUUUGAUGGAGGUGUGUCCGUGGGUGCUUCCACAGGCGUGAACACGAGUGGAACGGGAACACUCACAGACAUGGCGUCUCUUCUUGCGCAGGCUGUGAAAAACGAACCCGAAGAUCUGACCGGACACCGACGGGAUUCGGACAACGAGCACGACAUCAGCCAUUUGAAGGAGGCCAAAUUGGAGUCGUCCUCGCCGGUGGGCCUCACCAGCCACACCCUGUCCAAUUCCCCGGUGGUGGUGUUGUCCUCGGCGGAUCUGGUCAACAACCAGUUCCCCACCAUCGUGACCUCUCCGGGAGAUGGUCAGCCCACGUCCUAUCCGUCCCCGUCCGAUCUGUUCGAGUCCAGUUCACGGUCCAUCUACGCCACAAGCGAGCCGUACCGCGCCAGUGGUCAACCCGGGGACGACCUCUAUCAAGGUGGGUUCGUCCAUAGCCGUGCCAGUACCGAUGUGCAAUUUGUCGAGUACUACCGAACCAAUGGGAGCCAACCACCCCCGCCCGGAGCCCCGCAUAUCAACUCGCCUGACUCGGGGAUUGGUGAUCCAAACAUUGCCAAAAUGUUUGUAGAUGGCCACCCUCCCCCAUCAGAUGUGUCCCACCCCGGUUUUGAGCACUACCCGCAUUCCGAUCUUCUCAACGAUAUUGGAGGUGCAGGCGGGCCGGGCUCGGUGGGCAGUAUCAAUGGAGGCCGAAAGUCCUGGCAAGACUAUGGACGACAGAGCGAGGAGAAAAUCCACAUCCCAAAGCUCUUCACGCCCUACGGAUUCAAAUACAUCUUGGAGGCACCCUCGUCAUCCUCGGUUCGUCGGGAGGACGACAAGAUCACCUACGUCAACAAAGGCCAGUUCUACCCUGUUUGUCUCGAAUACACCCCUGAUCCUGAGCUUCCACCUCUCAAAUCUGCAACAGUCAAGUCAAUCAUCAUGCUCGUCUUCAGGGAAGGUAAAACCAUUGAGGAAGAGAUGAAAGCUUGGCAGUUCUGGCAUGCCAGACAACACUCUGUGAAGCAACGAAUCCUCGAUGUGGACACCAAAAAUUCCCUGGGUCUCACUGGUUGCAUCGAGGAAAUUAGUCAUAAUGCCUUAGCUGUAUAUUGGAACCCUAUGGAGUGCCAGGCCAAGGUGAACAUCGCUGUCCAAUGCCUCAGCACAGACUUCAGCACCCAGAAGGGCGUCAAAGGUCUCCCGCUCCACUUGCAAAUCGACACGUUCGAUGACCCAAGGGACAACGUGGGAAUGCCGGUUUAUCACCGAGGAUAUUGUCAAAUCAAGGUGUUUUGUGACAAGGGGGCAGAAAGGAAGGCUCGUGAUGAGGAGAGACGAGCGAACAAGAGACGUCUAACCAACACGGGGAAGAGACGCUUGGACGAAAUGUAUCACACGCAAUGUGACCGCUCCGAAUUCUAUUCCAUGGCUGAUCUCAAUAGGGGCCCUGUGCUCUUCAAUCCUCCCGAUGACCCGGAUAAGGCUGGGAUCGAGUUCGGGACAGAAGUACCUGGGUUUUAUAAUUCCCGCCCCUCGCCUCCGGAAUCUCUACUCAAGCUCAAUGGAAGCGGGGACUCAGUGUCCUCGGAUCCGGUCUCGCCUCAAUUGGCCAAACAGGAAAUUCUCGCUACUAUCUCGCCAGGACCAGCCCCAAGAGUACCGUGGAGCGGCCUUCAAGGCCAAAAUCACACGCUGCUGCAACCUCCCCCUGAGAAGCGGAUAAAGUUGAUUCCUCCAACGUCCGAGCGGGUUAUGAUCUACAUCAAACAAGAGACGGAGGUGGCCUUCACCCCUCUCCAUCUGGUGCCUCCCAACGUUCCUGGUUUGAUCCGGGCCAUUGAGUCCAAGUACAAAAUAAAUGCAGCCAAUAUCCGAUGUCUGUACCGAAAGACCAAGGGAGGAAUUCUUGCCAAGAUAGAUGAUGAAAUGUUAAAAUAUUACAGUAAUGAAGACUCCUUCCUCAUGCAGGUCAUGGUUACAGAGGGCGCUGGAGGCGAGGACACGAUGAUCUAUGAUAUUACCCUGACUGAAUGUUAGGAGUAACACUCAAUAAUCUCAGAAAAGCAAGAAUCAUUUUUUUCACAAUAUAGAAACUUGAGGAUACUCACUCAACCCCCCCAACAGUCUUGGCCUCUUUUCCAUCCUCACAUUUUGCGUCCUUUGGGGAACCUAAUUUAGCAGACAGGGCAAAUCAUAGGGUGAGAAUCUACAUGACUUGUCUAACCUCCAACAAUGAAGCAAUGCGUUUAUGAGGCGAUGAUGAAACCUAGACAAUUGCUAGAGCUAAUUCAAGUCUUUGAGGAUAACGAAAGUGGGCGGAGGAAAUCCGGCUAAAAACUGAAAUUUCUUGACAGCUGACAUAGCAUGAAAGUGCAACUAAAACGUGGCGAAUCGAAAACAAUGCAAAGAAAGGACACUUUUUCGCGUCAAGGAUGCGAGCACUGCAAAAACAACGAUUGGAUCAAAAAGAAGAAAAGAAACAAAUGCAAGAAGUCUCAAACACGUUUAAAUGCAAUAUGAUUCUAGUGUAAUGAUAAUAAUAAUGAAAAGAUUAACAAUAACAUCAUCGAAUGCUACAUCUCCAUCAGCACAAACACAAAAAAUAGUAACUCUAUUUGUCUGCGUAAACCCCCAAUGUGCCAUACCACCUCUCAUGGCAAUGGAGCUUGAAAAAAAAAACAAUCAAAAAAAUGUGAAAUAACUUAUCUAUUGGAAUGCACGUAUGUGUGUAUAAAAAUGUUGUUACUCAAUCGUUUUGUUUAAAUAGUGAUCCCUUGUGUGUGUUUGUCUGUUUUGUGUUUGGCGCAACUUACUAACCCUGAAGGCUCCCCUUUGUACAGUUGAUACUUGAUAGCAGUGCGUAAUUGUGUGAACAUUCAGGCACUAAAGAUGGACAAAAGAUGCAAACGAAACGUUAAUUUUAGUCGUUCUAUCUGUGGCAGUGCAAUCCGCUUGAUCUGAUGCGUUACUUUAUUUGAACAUGAACAACACUCGUCCACAAACAAACACACUCACAGAUGCCUUCCCAAUUUUCUCCCCUCCAACACUCAUGAUAUUCCAAUCAAAAUACUCUAGUUUCCUAAUCUUAGAUCGCCUCUUCUCUACCCAAUUCAUGUACACACUCACGAGGAAUUGGCUUUCAUGAAAUAUACAAACCUCGUUUAGAA